AUGACCGUCCAUCAAGCUACCCUGGAGUCUGCCGCCCUCGCUGUUUUCGCUGCCGCGAAGAAGGUUUUGGGAGAUGAAGCCAUACCCCCAAAGGCUGUCAUUGUUGGCGGAGCGGCGCUCUGGCGCCUGACUCAACACCGUCCCACUGCCGAUAUUGAUAUCUGGUUGACUGGGCAGAUGAAGCCGCGAAUGCUGAAACGAGCUAUCCCGCUGGUCGAUCCAGCUUUCCGCCUCAAUAUGGAGGCCAUUCAUGGCGUGACUUACCAAUGCCCUCUAUCACGCACCAUUGUCCCAGUUGACUUUGUCAACAUCAAGUCGACCCCUUUCGUCCCACGAAGCGCUAUUAUCAGCAAGCUGGGAGACAACGAGCUACCCUGGGCCGAUAGAGAUGAUAUCGUUGCCCUGAAGGCCUAG